AUGGAGAGCUCAGCCUAUGCACUGAAUACAACGGACAGCUCAGCCUAUGCACUGAAUACAAUGGACAGCUCAGCCUAUGCACUGAAUACAACGGAUAGCUCGGCCUAUGCACUGAAUACAAUGGACAACUCGGCCCUUGCACUGAAUACAACGGACAGCUCGGCCCUUGCACUGAAUACAACGGACAGCUCAGCCUAUGCACUGAAUACAACGGACAGCUCAGCCUAUGCACUGAAUACAAUGGACAGCUCGGCCUAUGCACUGAAUACAAUGGACAACUCACCCUAUGCACUGAAUACAAUGGACAGCUCGGCCCUUUCACUGAAUACAAAGGACAGCUCGGCCUAUGCACUAAAUACAAUGGACAACUCGGCCCUUGCACUGAAUACAACAGACAGCUCGGCCCUUGCACUGAAUGCAACAUACAGCUCGGCCUAUGCACUAAAUACAACGGACAGCUCAGCCUAUGCACUGAAUACAAUGGGCAGCUUGGCCUAUGCACUGAAUACAAUGGACAACUCGGCCCUUGCACUGAAUACAAUGGACAACCCGGCCCUUGCACUGAAUACAACAGACAGCUCAGCCUUUGUGUUAAACACAACAGACGGCUAA